UCCAUCCCCUGACGGAUGCUUUUCUUUGACUCCUCCGCAUCCCGCAAGUCGUCGUCGCAUUCUAUCUGCGGCAAAUCAUCAAACAUGUUCGGAGCACUCUUUCUUCUUCUCCAAGCUUGCUUUCUUUUUACGCUCUCACAAGCCAAGCUAAGCAUCAUACGGCCGGAAGCCGCCGCCAAGGACUUCAACGUCAGCAAAAUCCCGAACGCGGGGACUUGUUCUUAUACGGCGAUUAUAACUACGAGCUGCUCCUCGACGAGGUACACGAGGGAUCAGAUCAGUAUCUCCUUUGGGGAUGCUUAUGGAAAUCAGAUUUAUGCUCCGCGACUGGAUGAUCCAUCUUCGAGAACAUUUGAACUGUGUUCUACAGACACAUUCGAUAUAUACGGCCCCUGUGCAUAUCAAAUCUGCUACUUGUACCUCUACAGAACCGGACCGGAUGGUUGGAAGCCUGAGUAUGUGAAAAUCUAUGGUCACAAUUCCAGGGCAGUUACAUUUACCUACAAUACCUUCAUUCCCAAUGAUCUUUGGUACGGGUUUAACUGGUGCAACGCCGCCCCCUCUUCCGCCCAGAAAUCUGCUCAGAGAUGGUCUAUGUUUGCCAUAGCCGGGCUUAUUGGUUUUCUUAUAUUGUAAAUCUUGCAUUUGCCACUAUGAUCAUAGCCUCUUACAUUUUGCUUUGUUUUAUUCGUAUAUCAGUAUUUUAGAAGAAAAAUAAGUAUAAACACUUUGUACUUGUGGAUUGGGCGAUAUAUGAAUCCCCUUGUUAGUAGAUUA